UACCCAACUACGUAGUGGGAGAAACUGAGUUGGAAGCUUCAAAAGAGGGACGUAAUCUAACAGAUUUCAAGUAUGCUUGCGUUGGUUACUCUGUCUACUUAGAAAAGAAAGAUUCAUCAGAUGAUGUACCAAACAAACAAGCUGAGCUUCCCUUCUGCGUUGGUUUAGAGGUAUUGUUGGACAAAAGACCUGCGGAACAUUCCCAUGCUCAUACUCAUAUUCAUGAUAAAACUGAAGAUAGCCCUGCCUUUCCACAGCCGCGGAACUACAAACCAUCUUAUUCGGCUGGAGAUGAGUAUCUGAACAGGUUUAAAAGGAACGCGACCCUUGUCGCAUCAGGUGUAGCCAGGAAUGUAAACAGAGUUUGCAACUACAUAAAAGAGAGUUUCGAUGAUAUCUUAUACCCUUAUCGGCGACGACCGAAAUGAGGUACGUCCACGGAUAAAUGAAAUAAAGUCAGUCAUUAUACAGUAAGUAGGGUUGGAUUAUGUGAAAUAUUGAUCAAAUUCUGAUCUUUCUUGACUGAGAGGAGCAUGUCAUCUUCACUUGGCUGUAAUAAAUAAUGUAAUGAAUUUUAUUAUCAAUGAUUGUUCAUGUUUUGAUGCAACCUUUGAAUUUUGCUGGAAGAGGAAUCGAAGCUUCGUCUUCGAAUGAGUUUCAAAUGGAUGUUUUA